CUAUUUACCAAACAUAUAGCAUUGUCCUCCUCAGAAAGUGAUUGCAUUUCCUCAAACCGAACACACUCUAGAUGGGACGAACAAACCUCAGCCGAUUCGUCCCUGAAUAAUAGGUCGCCAAGAAAACAAAUCAAAACGUGUUUCGGUCUGUUAUCCGGUGGACCGUUCCAUUUAUUGCUAGAGGAGUGCGUAAAGCAAGAGAUCUUAAGAAAUCCGAAGGGGAAUAACAUGUCGGUAUUUAUUUUUAUCAGUGUUUCUUAGUUUUCUUUUUGCGGUCAGUAAUCCUCUCAACGCAGGUUUAGGGUUUUAACUUAAGAUUCUUCGUCUCCGUUUUAAGUUUUUUGGGUCUUUAUUCAGAGAGAUUGUUGAUGGUGAGUAUUUGCUCCCUGUAGCAUCUGUCCUCCCUCACUCUCUCUAAAAGACGCGGAAGGGAUAAGGAUACAGAAAAGGUAUUUGUUCCGAAAACAAUUGAAAUUCCUGAGAAGGACAGGAUUUUGAUGUAUAUGGGUAUUCGCUUCUAGGUUAAUAUCUUAUCGUUUUUUUGGUGUACGUUUGACGCUUGAAGAUUUGAGUGGAAAAAAAGGGUUUCAAAGUAAUGGCUGUAGCAGCUCCUGGACAGCUUAAUCUUGUUGAGUCUCCUUCUUGGGGUUCUCGAAGCGUAGAUUGUUUUGAGAAAUUGGAGCAGAUUGGUGAAGGUACAUAUGGUCAGGUAUUCAUGGCCAAAGAAAUCACCACUGGGGAGAUUGUUGCACUAAAAAAGAUAAGAAUGGACAAUGAAAGAGAAGGGUUCCCAAUUACUGCAAUACGUGAGAUCAAAAUUCUGAAGAAGCUGCAUCAUGAAAAUGUAAUUAAUCUAAAAGAAAUUGUUACUUCCCCAGGUCCUGAAAGGGAUGAGCAAGGGAGGCCUGAUGGUAACAAAUACAACGGUAGCAUCUAUAUGGUCUUUGAAUACAUGGACCACGAUUUGACGGGUCUUGCUGAUCGUCCUGGUAUGCGAUUCACAAUUCCCCAAAUCAAGUGCUAUAUGAAGCAGCUCUUGACAGGACUUCACUACUGUCAUGUUAACCAAGUACUGCAUCGUGACAUUAAAGGUUCUAAUCUUCUAAUAGAUAAUGAAGGAAAUCUGAAGCUUGCAGAUUUUGGUUUGGCUCGAUCAUUUUCUAAUGAUCACAAUGCCAAUCUAACAAAUCGUGUUAUUACCUUGUGGUAUAGACCUCCUGAGUUGCUUCUUGGAACCACCAAGUAUGGUCCUGCUGUUGAUAUGUGGUCUGUCGGUUGCAUCUUUGCAGAGCUUCUUCAUGGAAAGGCCAUUUUGCCCGGAAAGAACGAGCCUGAACAACUGAAUAAGAUAUAUGAGCUGUGUGGGGCUCCAGAUGAGGUCAAUUGGCCAGGGGUUUCCAAGAUUCCCUGGUAUAACAAUUUCAAGCCAUCGAGGCCAAUGAAGAGACGUGUAAGAGAGGUUUUCAAACAUUUUGAUAGGCACGCUUUGGAGUUGCUGGAGAAAAUGCUAACUCUCGAUCCAUCACAGAGAAUAUCUGCCAAGGACGCACUCGAUGCCGAGUAUUUCUGGGCCGAUCCAUUGCCCUGUGAUCCAAAAAGCUUACCUAAAUUUGAAUCAUCUCACGAGUUUCAAACAAAGAAAAAACGCCAGCAACAACGUCAAUUAGAAGAGGCGGCUAAGAGACAAAAACUACAACAUCCCCCACAACAGCAUGGACGCCUUCCUCCAAUCCAGCAGUCUGGCCAAUCACAUCCUCAGUUAAGACCAGGUCCUAAUCAACCUAUGCAUCACGCCCAACCACCAGUGGCUGCUGGACCUAGUCACCACUAUGGAAAACGACCUUCUGGAGGGCCAAAUAGAUAUCCCCAGAGUGGAAACCCUAGCGGCCCGUAUCCCAGUCGUGGAGGUCAAGGUGGAGGCUAUGGCAGUGGGCCAUAUCCGGCACAGGGAAGGGGUCCUCCAUAUGCUGGUCAGGGCCCUAGAGGUGGUGGCAGAGGGUAUGCAGCUGGUGAUCCAAAUUAUCCCCAAAGUGGACCAUACGGAAGUUCGAGCGGCGGUAGAGGGGCUAACACGUCAGGUAAUAAUCGAAAUCAACCGUAUGGUGGUUGGCAGCAGUAAAGCAGGGAAGUCUUUAUUUAUACUGCACUGUACUAUUUAAGAUGUCAACUUUGGUGAGUUCCUCAAAAGGAAAACUCUUACAAUACUUGCUUGUCCCUUUGUCCACAGUCCACUUGCCUCCUAAAGUAUAAAAUUGAGUUUUCCUUUGUAAACAAAACAAAAUGUAUUCUGCGAACUUUUCUGUUCCAAACUAAUACAUUUGGUUUUGAUUUGUAAUCCAAAGGACCUUUGAAGCGA